AGUCACCUGCCAUUACCGUACCGAGACUCUUUUACCCCAAGGCGUGAAAUUCUGCUCCUGUUCUUGAAGCGAAGCAAAGCCGGCCAAAAUGAACGCCCCAGAUCGUUACGAGCGUUUCGUGGUUCCCGAAGGCGUGAAAAAGGUCUCGUACGAGAGGGAUACGAAGAUUAUCAAUGCAGCUUCGUUCACUGUUGAGAGAGAGGACCACACCAUCGGCAACAUUCUCCGCAUGCAACUGCAUAGGGACCCUGAUGUCCUUUUUGCUGGCUACAAGCUUCCACACCCCCUUCAGUACAAAAUCAUAGUCAGGAUUCACACAACCAGUCAAUCUUCACCAAUGCAAGCAUAUAACCAGGCUGUUAAUGAUCUAGACAAGGAGCUUGAUCAUCUGAAGAGUGCAUUUGAGGCUGAGCUGGCAAAGCACUCGAGGGAGUACUAAACAGUUGUCGAUAUGCUGAGGGCAUCUUCAACAAAUGCCGUGGAUAUGUAUCUAAUUAUCUGUGAUGAUAUACAAAUGCUGUAUUUAUUAACAAAACUUGAGAAAAAGCCUCGUGUAACAAUACUGAUUCUGGUUCACCAAUGCAUGGAUCCUGUAGAAAACUAUCUGCUUUUUGUUGGUUUAUUUGAUUUACGUAGGCCACUGUUGGUUGUUAACCUCAAGGAGUAGUUUAGUUGGCAACGCUUUCAUUUUCUUUGCCGCACAUUUUGUUAGUUUACCUUUGAACUUGCUGUGAUACUUGAGAUCAUUUCAGAUGCUUUCUAUUGAGCUUUCGUUAGAGUU